AUGGCAAUGGAGUCUUCGGUAUCAUUUCAUAGCCAGAAUUCUGGAAUGCAGAUAGGGAUUAAUUACGGCACAACCAAUACUUACUUCGGUCCUCAAGCAGACCCCCUAGACAAGCUACCAAUUGCGUAUGGGGCCGAGUUCGACUCGUACGCGGAUCAGCAUGAAGAUUUUUGUCUUCCAGGCACCAGGACCGAGCUUCUAUCCCAAAUCCUAGCCUGGGCCGAGUCACCGGACGGGAAAUGUAUAUUCUGGUUGAAUGGAAUGGCAGGGACAGGGAAGUCUACUAUUGCCCGAACGGUUGCGAGAUGCUUUGAAGAAAAAGAGCGGCUUGGCGCCACUUUCUUCUUCAAACGGGGCGAAGCCGAUCGGAAUCAACCAGCAACGGUGGUGGUUAUUAUUGACGCACUAGAUGAAUGUGAUCAGGAAAAUGAUAUCCAGAUUAUACUUCGACUUUUAUUUAACUUGCAGAAAGUGACGUCUUUCUGUCUACGCAUAUUUCUGACCAGCAGACCGGAACUGCCAAUCCGUCUUGGCUUCAGGCAGAGUAAUAACCAUCAAGACUUGGUCCUCCACAAGCUUCCCAAACCAGUUAUUGAACAUGACAUUCGCCUAUUCCUAGAACACAAACUGUCAAAAAUACGGGACGACCAUUUACUUCCCCUGGAGUGGCCUGAAAAUGAGAACACGGAAAAGUUGGUAAAGAUGGCUGUCCCCUUGUUUAUUUUUGCAGCCACCAUCUGUCGGUUUAUUGGGGAUAUAGACUGGCUCCCCGAGGAACGUCUUGCAGCUGUUCUCCAAGAUGAAGCAGCAACAUCAACAUCAGAUAUUGAAAGAACGUACCUACCGGUAUUAAAUCAACUCAUUAAAUCAAAGAAUGAGCGUGAUUCCGAGCAACUCAUAAAAGAGUUUCAGAACAUAAUUGGAGUUAUUAUUCUUCUCGCUACUCCUCUUUCCGUUGUUGUCCUUUCACAGCUGACUGGAAUACCCCAACGUAAUAUCAGCAAUCGAUUGAAUAGAUUCCACUCAGUCCUAAAUAUACCAGAGGAGCCUCACCAACCAGUCCGAAUCCUGCAUUUGUCAUUCCGAGACUUCCUCAUUAACACAACAAGUAUCUUCUAUGUGGAUGAAAAAGAAACGCACCAGAAGAUAUUCCUGCAUUGCCUCCGUGUUAUGAACGCUGCCUUGAAGCAAAAUAUCUGUGGUCUAUCAAGCUACGGGACACAAAGAACAGAUAUAUCUGAUAAUCAAGUGAACAAACAUAUCUCAACAGACUUGCAAUAUUCCUGUCGGUAUUGGAUAUAUCAUUUUGAACAUAGCCAUGGUCAUAUCACUAAUCCUGUAGCUUUUAAUUUUAUGAAAAAGCACUUCCUUCACUGGUUGGAGGUACUGAGUCUAAUGGGUAUUAUAUCACAGGCGGUGGCAAUGAUGGAUAUACUUCAGUCAGGCGCUAAGGAUCCUAAAUAUUCCGACUUUCUCUAUGACGCAAAACGAUUUAUUCUGAAGAACACCUACAUAGCAAGUCUUGCUCCACUCCAACUAUAUUCUUCUGGGCUAGUAUUUUCACCAAUGCAAAGUACGAUAAGAAAGAUGUUUUUUGAUAGCAGUCCCAAACAAAUAAGCAUACUACCACAAGUGGAGGAUUAUUGGAGCCCAGGACUACAAACCCUCGAGGGCCAUUCAGCUUCGGUUAUGUCGGUGGCCUUCUCUUCCGAUGGCCAAACAGUGGUGUCAGGCUCUGUAGACCGCACUAUCAAGCUCUGGGAUACCAAGACCGGUUCUGAAUUGCAGACGCUCAAAGGCCAUUCGGCUUCAGUUACAUCAGUGGCCUUCUCGUCUGAUGGCCAAACGGUGGCGUCAGGCUCUUGGGACAGUACUAUCAAGCUCUGGGAUACCAAGGCUGGCUCUGAACUGCAGAUACUCAAGGGCCAUUCAGCUUGGGUUUCAUCGGUAGCCUUCUCGUCUAAUGGCCAAACAGUGGCGUCAGGCUCUAACGAUGGUACUAUCAAGCUCUGGGAUACCAGGACCGGUUCUAAACUGCAGACGCUCAAGGCCCAUUCAGCUUUGGUUACGUCGGUGGCCUUCUCUUCCGAUGGCCAAGCAGUGGCGUCAGGCUCUUGGGACCGCACUAUCAAGUUCUGGGAUACCAAGACCGGUUCUGAAUUGCAGACGCUCAAGGCCCAUUCAGCUUUGGUUACGUCGGUGGCCUUCUCUUCCGAUGGCCAAGCAGUGGCGUCAGGCUCUUGGGACCGCACUAUCAAGUUCUGGGAUACCAAGACCGGUUCUGAAUUGCAGACGCUCAAAGGCCAUUCGGCUUCAGUUACAUCGGUGGCCUGCUCGUCCGAUGGCCAAAUAGUAGCGUCAGGCUCUCAGGACUGUACUAUCAAGCUCUGGGAUACCAAGACUGGCUCUGAACUGCAGACACUCAAAGGCCAUUUAGCUUCACUUACAUCAGUGGCCUUCUCUUCCGAUGGCCAAACAGUGACGUCAGGCUCUGUGGACUGCACUAUCAAGCUCUGGGAUACCAAGACCGGUUCUGAACUGCAGACACUCAAAGGCCAUUCAGAUCCAGUUACAUCGGUGGCCUUCUCGUCUGAUGGCCAAACGGUGGCGUCAGGCUCUAACGACUGCACUAUCAAGCUCUGGGAUACCAAGACUGGCUCUGAACUGCAGAUACUCAACGGCCAUUCAGAUUCAGUUUCAUCGGUAACCUUCUCGUCUGAUGGCCAAACGGUGGCGUCAGGCUCUUGGGAUGGUACUAUCAAGCUCUGGGAUACUAGGACCAGUUCUGAACUGCAGACGCUCAAGGCCCAUUCAGCUUGGGUUUCAUCGGUAGCCUUCUCGUCUGAUGGCCAAACAGUGGCGUCAGGCUCUAACGACGGUACUAUCAAGCUCUGGGAUACUAGGACCGGUUCUAAACUGCAGACGCUUAAGGCCCAUUCAGAUCCAGUUACAUCGGUGGCCUUCUCGUCCGAUGGUCAAACGGUAGUGUCAGGCUCUUGGGACCGCACUAUCAAAUUCUGGGACACCAAGACUGGUUCUGAACUGCAGAUGCUCAAAGGCCAUUCAGCUUCAGUUAUAUCAGUGGCCUUCUCGUCCGAUGGCCAAAUAGUGGCGUCAGGCUCUCGGGACCGCAUCCAAACAUUCUCGUCUGACAGACACGAUCAUGACUCAACUCCAUAUAAUUCUAAUCCUCAAGUAUCUGUAGCCAAUUCCUGGGUUUCCUUCGCAGGUGAAACUUUACUAUGGCUUCCUCCCGAGCACCGUUUUAAUUGCUCAGCUAGCAAGGAUGCCACCCUUGCCCUAGGGUAUAUUGAUGGGCGGGUUUCUAUUAUAGGCUUCCAUACAUCAUAG